AGUAAAUUUGUGGCUUUUCUAGGUGGUGUGGCUUGGACUUUUUUUUCUGGGAUUCAGGGUAUUCAAGAUAGAUCAUCGAUUCCCGUAGGUUAUCGCGCUCUCCUCCCACCUUGGACCCGCCACUGAGGGAACCUUCGGGUCCAGACUGAGGUGUGGGGGCGGGGCGGGGUGCGGGUCGCGAGGUCCGAGCAGGAGAGCCAUGAGCAGCCCGGACGCGGGGUAUGCCAGUGACGACCAGAGCCAAACCAGGUGCGCACUGCCCGUGAUGAUGGCCGGGAUGGGCUCCUGCCCAUGGGCAGAGUCUCUGAGUCCCCUAGGGGAGAUGAAGGUCAAGAACGAGUCCGGUGCAGGUGCAGGGAACGGGGGCAGCGCGACUGCUGCAGCUGCUGGGCCUGCGGGCCGUGGCAAAGGGGAGUCCCGUAUCCGGCGGCCCAUGAACGCAUUCAUGGUGUGGGCAAAGGACGAGCGCAAGCGGUUGGCGCAGCAGAACCCAGACCUACACAACGCCGAGCUAAGCAAGAUGCUGGGGAAGUCCUGGAAGGCGUUACCUCUGUCCGAGAAGAGGCCCUUUGUGGAGGAGGCUGAGCGACUUAGAGUGCAGCACAUGCAGGACUACCCCAAUUACAAAUACCGGCCUCGGAGGAGGAAGCAGAUGAAAAGGCUGAAGCGGGUGGAGAGUGGCUUCCUUCACAACCUUCCUGAGCACCUGGCCUCAGGGCUGGAUUCAGAGGGCAGAGUGUGUGUGGACAGCCUGGGAUUGCCGUUCCAUGAGCAGGCCUACCACCAUGGCCAGGGAGUGCUACCUCCUCAGAUGGGACACUACCGCGAGUGCCAGAGCUUAGGUCCAGCCUCUCAGUUUGAUAGCUACAAUUUGCCUACCCCGGAGGCUUCUCCCAUGGAUGGAAUGGAGCCAGAUGCAGCUUUCUUCACCUCCUCACUCCAAGGAGACUGCCAGCCGGGACCGUAUAGCUAUCCUGUAGCCUCUGAGUAUUCUGCACAUCCUGACUCUCACCUAGGUCCUGUGCAUCAGAAACACCUGCAGGAACCCCUGGCACACUCAUUGCAGGGUCUGAUGGGUCCCUCCAACCUUCUGCAUAUGUACCGUGGUCCCACGGGCUCCCCCCAGGCUGGGAGCAGUGUCCAUGGUUUUCAGAUGCAGCAUCAGCCAGGAUCUAAUCAGCCCUCUCCUCCUCCAGAGGCCUUGAGUGCCAGUCAACCUGCUGAGAUCCAAGAGGCUGGAAUCCACACAGAAUUUGAACAGUAUCUUCACCACUUAUGCAAAGCAGAGUUGGGGCUUGCCUCUCCAGGUCAUGAUGGUGACCAUAACCCUUCAACUGUUUCCUCUGUCAUGUCAGAUGCUAGUUCUAUAGUCUAUUACCAUAAUUAUGAAAACAUAUGAAGCUCUGUAUUCUUCACCGACUGAAGCCAGCGAUACAAAAGUUGUUAGAGUAUCUUUGCCAGUGAAGGCAAACUAAAGAUGUACUGUGCCCCAGUGUUUUCCAGUUAUGUGGGCAUGCUUUUAGUUUUAUUUAAGCUUAAAGCCUUCACAUUUCCUAGUGGGUAUUUGUUGAAGAAAAUAAUGAUAAACCUGUACAAUCAUCUUUCUUUGUAAAACAUUUAUAUUUCCAGCUACACUUUUUAGACUUUAUUGAAUGAAUCUACAAAUCAGAAUGCUUUUUUUUCCUCAAGGAAAACCUUGUUUCUCAGGAAAGUUGUGAGGUUAUUUAGCCUAUUUAGUUUCAAAGGCUCUAGUUAAAAUUCUUUGUAAAACAUAUAAUUUCUAACUAUACUUUUUAGAACUUAUUGAAUCUACGAAUCAGAAUGCUUUUUUUUCCUCAAGGAAAACCUUGUUUCUCAGGAAAGCUGUGAGGCUAUAUAGCCUGUUUAGUUUCAAAGGCUCUAGUUAAAAGUGUUCUCUACCUCUAAAGAAUAUCACCAAUGGGGGGAAAAAAUAAUAAAACUUGAUGAAAGGUUGUGGUGAUUAUCUCUACAUAAAGUUAAAUAAUAAUCAAGGCUUUCUUAUGCAUAUAUUACAUGAAUGUGAUCUUAGGUGUCAUUUUACAAUUUUGCUUUUUAUAUCAUCUGCAUUUUAAAAUAGAUGUCCCUUAUGUUACAAACAAUGUAAAAGAGAAUUUGUCAACAUAAUCAACCAAGUCUGCUAUCAUAUGCUGUUUCACAUCCACAAUCUCCUAUAGGGAUCUGUCUUCCCAUAACUUUUAUAAUUUUAUAAGAUUUAGUUUUGUUCUUGUAUUUUAUUCUGCCAUUAAUUUUGUGGUAGUCAUUGUACACAUUGUUUUCCUGGUUCUAUAAAUUAUGUUUUACGUUGCAUCAUUUCAUAGAUGUCUUUUUAUGGUUCUCUAUUCUUCUUAAUCAUGAUUUGUUACUUCAAAGUAAUAUUCCAUUGUAUUUAUGCACCACCAUUCCCUAGCUUAUGGAUAUCUAUUAUUUUUUCUAGUUCUUAUUUUAUUGAAGGUAAAUAUGGAGCUAUUUUUUUCUAUCCCUGGACCUUUUGGGGGUAUGUGAUUUUUUUUUUUUGGAAUAAAUUCUUUCUAUUGGACCUUAGUGUCCCAUAUAGGAGAAUUUUCCCUAGAAAUAAGCUAUUGAACUUGGCUCCAUUAGGGUUAGCAGAGAAUCUCUAGGCAACUAUGGCACAGGUUGUUUCUGUUGAGAAUCCCUGCUAUGGUAAUACCUUAGGUUCAGUCUAGCAGAAGAGUGUAUUGAUAGCUUUAACUAGAGGGGAUCAUUUGGGAAAGGGUACCCCUGCUGUCACCACCAACAGAAACUGCUGACCAAAUGACAUGAAAGAGUAAACCAACCCAAGAACCCUGUAAUGACUUUCCUCAAUUACCUCUUUUCAAAUCAGACAUCAUUCCAAAAACUGAUCUGUUAAGAUGUUGCCUUGUUAUUGAAGACUGCAAAAGAAGGUUAUCACCAUCACUAAAAGUCCUUAUCAUUGUUAAAUUGUCAAAAAACUAAGAUUGUGUCAGUGAAAAUAAAAGUUAUAUAUCUAUUACUUUGUUUCAAACCUUAAAUAUCAAAGGACUUUUAAAACUAGUUUAUAGCUGAAACCACCUAUUUGUGUUCUUAAGAGCUCAAAGUACUGGUUUGAACAUAUGUAAAUACUUCGUGCAGCAGCUGAGGGACCACACAAGACAUCCAGGGAAAUACAUAUGUGGGAUCACUUAAAGUCAGAGAAAUAAAAUAGGAUUAUGGUACUCCCAAUUUUUGGAGUCUUUCUUGGCCUUUUGCUUUCACAUACUAUGAUAAAUGGCAUCAAUGAACUGUUUUGUGUAUACUAAGAUUUCUUCUCCAGUGAUGAAUCCACCUCAGUAAUUCUCCAGUCAGGUGACAGCUAUUAUAGAUAAGAGUUUCUUGUUGGGUUCCUCUGCAUCCUUUUCCUUUGAUAUCCUUCCUGACACAAUUCAUUGACAAAUAUUAAAUCCACUAUGUAUAAAGCAGGUAAGCUAGAUGGUUACAUGGGCUAGAGCUUAGGGCCUAAAGUUGGGAAAGAGUCAAAAUCUGCCCUCUGGCAUUUACUAGUUAUAUGACCAUGGACAAAUUACUUGAGCUUUAGUUUGCCUCAGUUUCCUCAUUAGUAAAAUAUAUUUUCUAGAGUUGUGCUGAUUGAAUGAGAAUAGUGUUUAUAGGCCAUGUAACAGAUCUUGGCACAGCUAAGAAUUUGAAAUGCUGUUUUCCUAUUCCCUUUACCCAUUUCAGGAUUUUGAGAAAUGUUGUCUUACCUGUAGGAGAUUUAAGAUUAUUUGUUGCUAAGAGGGAUAUAAAGUAGUAUACAAAGUUAUACCUUCACAGAGUUUAGAAUGUAGUUGUGAAGAAGAAAAAAACAACAAAGGCAAAAUGGGUCAUGAAACAAUUUUGCUAUGUUCACGGGAAAUUUAAGUACUUCAGUUCAGAAGAGAUACCUCUGAACUGAAGCAGUGGGAAUCAUGUGAUUGGGUAUUAGAACUUCUUAGAAUCACAUCUAGAUCAUAUAUUCAAUUGUGUCCACUUCAUGACUCCAUUUGGGGUUUUCUUUGUAAAGAUAGUGGAGUGAUUUGUAGUUUUCCUUUGCAGGUCAUUUAAUAGCUGGGAAAUGUAAGCAAAUAGAGUUCAGGAUUAAGUGACUUUUCCAGUGUCACACAACUAGUAAGUAUCUGAUUUUGAUUUGAACUUUAAAUUCUCCUAACUUCAGGACCAAUACUCUAAUCAUUGUGCCACCUAGCAUCCCCAGAAACUUAACACAAUCCCCUAAUUUUACUGAUUAGGAUACUCCAUUUUCACUAGGUAUCAUCCAUUCCUGUAUUUUCCCUCAUCUCUGACUCAUUGUUUCUUUGAGUGUCAGAUAAAAUUCUCCUUUUUUGCAAGAAGUCUUAGUUGAUCUCACUUAAUUUUGUUAUCUUUCUGAGAUGAUUGAUCUCCAGUUUAUCCUGUAGGUAUUCUUUAUAUACAGUUGUAUGGCUGUUGUAUUCCCCCAUUAAAGUGAAAGGUUUUUGAAGACAGGGCUAUUCUAUCUUUGUGUCCGUCCUUCUUCCCCUUCUUCCCCUUCUUCCCCUUCAUCCCCUAGUAGCACAGUACUUGUCACAUAAUAGACUUUCAAUAAAUAUUGACUUGACCCAGAGAGGUUAAGCAUGUUAUUCGAGCUUACUCAGAACUUGAAUCUAGGUCCACUGACUUAAGAACCAAUGGCCUUUCCACUGUGCCAGGCUCCUUGGCAAUAGUAAUUUUUUAAAACAAUUCAGGAUUUGUAAAAACAAUGUAAUUUUGACAAAUGGCUUACUGAAAUCUAGGGAAUCAUUUUGUUGGACUCAAAAUAGCUUAAAUUAAAAUGCUUUGAUACAAUAGAGAGCAUGGUCUGUGUUUAAUAUGCAGCUCAGUUCAAAUGUCAUUAGUCAGGUUAUCACUUGAGUAAAGUUUGUGCAUUAGUUUUAACGUGCCACUUGGGUUAGCCAGGCAGCAUUCAUGCUGAAAAAAAAUAUUUAGAUUUCUAAAUAAAAUGGCUUUUUUUUAGAAUGAAUAAAGCUAUUCAUACUUUGAUAGGGAAUCAUUAAAAAUGAUCAGUUAAUCUUUUUCAGCUAGUGCCUCACACUGUUCAUUCGUAGUGAUAUUGCAGUGCACUAAUAUCCUAAGGUUUAAAUUUUUAAAACAAAUCUAUAAUAUG